UUGAAGCAAUAACCACAAAAUGAAAUCAUUUUAUUUUUCCAUGAUGUGCUUAGAAAAACCGUUGCACAGUAUGCUCAGUAGAACAGUUAAAUCUCCCUGCAUUUAUAAUAAGCGUAUAUCCCAUUGAAUCGAGACUAUCAGCGGGCAUUCCCUGGAAAAUGAAAUCAUUUUAUUUUUCCAUGAAUCGAGACUAUCAACGGGCAUUCCCUGGAAAAUGAAAUCAUUAUAUUUUUCCAUGAAUCGAGACUAUCAACGGGCAUUCCCUGUCAUAAUAUUUUUUCAAGGAAAACCUCCUGAGGCCCAGACUUUCAACGCGCAUAGGUUACGUUGUUUUCUACGAAGUUCAUCAAGCUCUUUCUUAGGAUAUUUUUACAAAAUUUGUACCUUAUUCGAACUUGGUGUUGUACAUAACACACCCUGUAGAGAAAAAUGAAUUUUUCUUUUUCGCUGUUAGUAAUAGAUCUCUAUCUCAAGUGCGACGUAACAAACUGGUGCAGAAUUUCAAGAUGAAUGCCACACAAUCUCCAGGAAUUUUCCUUAUCUAAACCUGGCUGUUAUCAUGUUAGUGUGGGCGAAGAGGGUACCAAAGAAAAGAAUGCACCUGUUUGUUGUCAACAUAGCGCAAGCAGACCUUCUAUCGCUCAUAACAUUGCCCAUAAGAACUAUAAUAACCCUGCUCCAUCAAGCAAACGGAACGAGGAAAGCCUUUUACAAAGAUGUUAUUUCCUGUGUCCAAUCUAUAUAUCAUAAUGGCAUAUACUGCACUAGAGGUUUCUUCGGCCACUUUGCUCAUCAUAUUCUUGGAGCGGUUAAGAGCAGUGUCGUCAACAGUACAGUUGUCACCUCUCUGCCUCAUCGCACUCUCUUUGCCAUUAUUGUAUAAUCAUGGAUCCUGCCAGGCGUUAUGAUGGCUGGGGCCUGAUUAUUAAUGCUCUGCCGUAUCGGAAAAGAAUGAAUUAUUAUUAUAAUAUUUUUGUCGCCGUUACAAUUUUGCUUCUUGUGUUAUCAAUCGCCACCAUUAACAUCGAGAUCAUAAGAAGAUUGCACCGCUCCCAGGUGGAUAUCGAGCUCCCCGAAGUUCCAGCUAAGACGACGCAAGAUUUCCCGUUCGGCUGUCAGUAUAAUCUUAUCCUCUAUACUCCUUUAUAUAAUUUGUGUAGCCCCAACAUACCUAUCGUAUGCAGUCUUUUACCAUCAUAACCUUGCCACCAGUCUCUGCAAUAGCAUUGAUGCACUCUUUUAAAGCAUUGAAGCACUCUGUAAUAGCAUUGAUGCACUAAAUUUUUGGUGGAUUCCAUCAACAUUGGGCUUAACCUCAUCAUGCCUGUCAAGCAAACCAAGAUCCAUGCUGAUGAUGCCCCUUGGGUCACUGCAGACUUAAAAAAUCUCAUCAAGCUCCGCCAAAAAGCAUUUCUCGCGGGUGACACAGAGCGCCUCCUACACUACAGGAACACAGUCAACCGACAGCGGAAAACCCUCCGCAGCAGAUACUUUACAUCCAAGGUCGCGCAGCUGAGACACGCGAAACCCAGUCAGUGGUGGAGUGCUGUCAAACGCGUUGCUGGUAUGACCCCUGCCUCAGGCCACGAAAGCGUGCUCUCCCACCUACAACUUGAAGGGUAUAACGAGAAGUCGAAUGAGCAGGAGCUUGCCAACGCAAUUAACUCUGCCUUUCUUGAGCCUAUGGAACAGUUCCUACCACUGCAAGCGCCCCCUGCCUACGCUGAAGACUCCACCGUGCUCACUGUGUCUGAAUCCACUGUCCUGUCCGCUCUGGCCAAACUGAACCCUCGUAAGGCUGCUAGUCCAGACAGUAUACCAAACUGGAUACUACGGGAUUACGCUGAAAUUCUGGUCCAACCAAUCACCGCGAUACUUAACUGUAGUUUCAGAGAUCAAAGACUCCCCCCAUCGUGGAGACUUACCGAUGUCGUUCCAGUUCACUAGCUGAAGCCGGUAGUCGACGUCAACAAACACCUACGUCCUAUCUCACUGACUCCUGCUAUUUCAAAACUUGCUGAGGAGUUCGUCGUUUCCUCCUACGUAGGACCUGCUUUGUUUAAAAUCCUGGACCACGACCAGUACGGAGGCAUCCCAAAAUCAUCCACUCUCUUCGCGCUGACUUCAAUGCUCCACCACUGGUCACAGGCGACCGACGGCACAGGAUCGGCAGUCAGGGUCGUUCUGUUUGAUUCCAGAAAGGCCUUUUAUUUGAUUGACCACUUUCUGACGCACCGCAAACAGCGCGUAAAAAUAUGUUCUGACUGCCUGUCGGAGUGGGGUCCAGUCCCCGCUGGAGUGCCUCAAGGUACCAAGCUGGGCCCAUGGCUGUUCCUUCUUAUGAUAAACGAUCUUAGGCUAGCCGACACCCACACUUGGAAAUAUGUGGACGACACCACAAUUGCUGAACUGUUCCCCGAGGCUCCCCUGGAAACGUGCAAUCAGCAGUAUCCGCUGUUGAGGCCUGGUCGCAAUCUCGGGGAAUGCAACUUAACGCUGAAAAGUGCAAGGAGCUGAGGUUUGACUUUAAGAAGAUCACCCACAACUUCCCUCUCCUCGUGAUUGAUAAUCAUGAGCUCCCCGUUGUCAUGAACGCGAAGAUCCUUGGAGUCACCAUAACAGAAGACCUCAAAUGGAACGCCCACGUCUCC